AUGGCGCCAGUCGGACCUGUUGUCCAUCAAAAUGUCGCCACAAAAGCCAAACGUCCCAUCCCGCCGGGAAUCCAGACCAAUGGAGUUAUAUCUUCUUCAAAAUCCUCGCCCUCCCCGUUAAUGUCGGCAAAGAAACCACCUCCGAGCGCGAAGCAACCGCCGCACUCUGCCAGCGAGCGGGCUAUAACCGCGUCAACCUUCGCCGGUCGACCACCAUCACUGAUAAUUCAUAUGCACCCGACACAUUUUCGAUUCGAUAACCAAGAUGGCAUGUUUCCGUAUAAGUCACCGAUGAAACUGUUCAUCGAUCACAUCCGGAGUCGCACGGUUCCUCACGACCUUCUCCAACAUCUUACUGAUGCGGGCGUACCAUUCUACGAAGGCUGUCUCAUUGUUCAAGUCCACGACCACAAGUCCGUCGCCCAAGCAAAAGAUGUCGCCAAGCCCACACCAGCCAAGGGGUCGGUGGUGCCGUCCUCCAUACACAAUUAUAACCAAUAUCUCACGCCUUCCCCCUUUGUCCCUUUUCCCAAGGAAAGCUUGUCAUCGGACGGCAACGUUAAGGGUGGGGAUUCAAAGGACAAACCCGCUGAAGAAAAGAACAAGGAAAGCACUGUUGCCGCUCCCGUUCCCGAGGAUGUGAAAGGAAAGACGAACAAGCCGAAAGUGUUUACGGUUGUACUACAUCCUACUGCACUCAGCCUCCAGAUGGACUUGUUGAUUAAGGGUUCUACUCCCAAGGACGGCGACGGCAUCUCUGCCAUUCCACCUCCAACACCAAUGUCCAUGGUUCCACCAACACCGACCGCCACCAGCAUGCCACCACCAGCUAAGCGACAGAAGCGUGAAAAGACAGAACUUGACGGGAGCAACAUCCAUGCUGCAGAGGGCCAAAUUCUACUGGCUACGACUGCACCUUUAAUGCUAGAGCCAACCAAGAACAUUGAGGAAACGAUUGUUCUCCUUGAGGCCAUGUCUCAUCCCAAGCACUCUGAAGCACCACCGCAACCCAAGACUCGCAAGAGGACUGUGGCCGAGGUGGCUGCUGAUGAAGCCGCUGCCGCUGAGGAGGAACGCUACAUGCUCUUUGGUGACGAGCGGUUGUCUUCAAGCAUGGCUGGCGCUCAGAAUGGCGGUGCAGCAGAUGGAGAUGCCUCGGGAGGUGCAACCUUUGAACCAAGAUUCGAGAGAUUUAAGGUCCUCGCCGAUAUCAAGCGAGAACAUGCCGAGAAGAAGGAGCAAGAGAAGCUCAAGCAACAGGAGAAUGACCGACGACUCCAGCAACAGAGACAGCAGCAGCAACAGGAAGCGGUUGUACUGGCUCAAAGACAGGCUGCAGAGCAAGAGCGUACUCGACGAGAAGCUGCUGCUAGGGAGGCUCAGCUACGACAAGCAGAGGCUCAGCGACAAGCGCAAGCCCGCGCGGCCGCCUCUACACCAAGCAACCAGAACAAUGCCAGGCCCAACACGGCUCAACCCCAGCAUGCCCAUCCCCAGAAUAACACAAUGGCGAAUGGAGCCCAGGCCCAGGCCCAGGCACAGGCACAGGCACAGGCUCAAGCACAGGCUCAAGCUCAAGCCCAAGCUCAGGCUCAGGCUCAGGCUCAACCCAGGUUCCAGGCCCAGAUCACACAACCACCGGCCUCUUCUCCCGUUGCUCGGCAAGGUACUCCUCAAAACAUGUCGUCUCCUAUGGUCGCGAGCGUCCCGAUGCAGCAGACCAACUCUGGAAUGGCAGGAAGCCCGCCACGACCAGCCUCGGUUGUCCAGAAUGCACCUAUGUCGGUGCCCAUGGCGCAUAAUAUGUCUUCUAGAGGCAGCCAGCAGAGCCAUCCAUCUGGAACACCACGCAUCCCUCACUCUACGCCUAACAUGUCUCAUGGCACGCCUAUCAACCGACCUGCGAUGACGUCGACCCCUCGCAUGACUCAGGCCAGCCCACCCCCUAACAUGAUGGCUCAGAAUUCGCAGAUGGGACAGGCCAUGAUGAUGAACAACCAGAACAUGAACCAAGCGAACCAGCAGGCCAUCGCUCAAGUCGCGGCUCACCAACGAGCCAUUGCUCAGCAGCAACACAUGGCGGCAAUGCAGAAUGGUGUUAAUAACGGCAACAUGAACGGUCAAAUGUCACCUCAGCAGCAACAACAGAUGAUGCAGAUGAUGCAACGCCAGUUGAUGUUGCAGCAGCAGGCGCAACAGUCCCAGGGACAGCAUCAGCAAGCACAGCAGGGCGGCAACAUGAUGACCCAACAACUGGCCCAGCAAUAUGCCCAGCAGAUCCAGAACAUGUCAGGCAACCAGAUGCGGCAGAUGACGCCACAGAUGCAGGCUCAAUUCCAGCAAAUGAUGCGCAUGCAGCAGGUUAAUGGCCAAAUGGGUAACAACAUGCAGGGCCAGGUUAACGGCCAGAUGAUGAACGGAAACAACGUGAAUAUCCAAGCUCUUCAAGCUAUGCAGCAGCAACAGGCUCAACGGCAGGCUCAGGCACAACAAGCUCAGCAGCAACAGCAGCAGCAGAACCAACAACAGCCUCAGCAAGGACAGCAGCAAAUGGGUAAUAACCCCAUCCAGUCUCAGAUCCAGCAUAAUGCGCGGGUCAUCUACCACCAACUGUUGCAGCAAGCCAUUCUUAAGCACGGCUCUCAAGACAGGAUCCCAGCGGAGAUCAAUGAGAAGCUCAAGCAAACCAGCAUCUCACGAGCUCAAAACCUGUUCCAGCAAGGGAUGAUACAGCGUAGGAAUCAGCAGCAGCUCAUGAUGCAACAGCAGCAGCAGCAACAAAUGCAGCAGAUGCAACAACAGCAAAUGCAGCAGCAGCAGUUGCAGCAGCAGCAGCAAAUGCAACAGAUGCAAGGAAUGAACAACAUGAUGGGUCCCCAAGGAGGGAUGUGA